AUGGUUCUGUGUGAGGACAGGGAGUGUGGGGUGUGUUAUCAGCCCUACUCCCGUCAGGAGCGGAUCCCCCGGGUGCUCCACUGCAGACACACCUUCUGUGCCACCUGCUUAGAGACCAUGUCGCAGCCCAAGAGUGGCAUGCUCACCGUGUGCUGCCCGCUGUGCCGCCAGACCACCUGUGUAGGGCGCGGCCUUAGCCUUCAGGAGGCGCUGUGGGUCAACUCACGCCUCUGGGACUACAUACCUGAGAGCAAAGAAGAAGAGGAGGAGGAGGAGGAGGAGGUGAAGGAAGAAGAGGAGGAGGAGGAGGUGAAGGAAGAAGAGGAGGAGGAGGAGAGGGUGGAGGCUAACAGACAGACACAGGCCUCCUCACAGGCAGAAUGGUGA